UGGAUGUGAACAUUUUAUAUAAACUGCAGCUCUGUUAGGUUCCUGAGUCAGACACAGUCAUCUAACGUGAGCUUCAGCGUAUAUUCCUGAAUUUUUUCUCAGACCUAGACAGUUUGAGAUAUCCGCAGAGAAACUGAACUGACCGAUUGUAAGAAAAACGAGUGUGAACUUUGAUUCCUCCACAUGGCCUUCAGAAGAUCUCGAACUCUACGACUCUCUGCAACAUCUCUAAGCUGUGCCGUGGUGUGUGUUUUGUUGUGUCUUUCUCACCCGAGUCAUGUGUCUGCGGUGAAUCUCCAACAUUUUAUUGGCUGUUCUGUCAGAGAGUUCACCUUCAUGGCUCAGAAGCCAGGAUGUGGGAGACUGCAGAUCACAGCUGACGCCUGCUGGGGGCGCUGUGAGACCUGGGAGAAACCGGUCCUGGACCCGCCCUUCAUCGAGUCUCAUCAGCGAGUGUGCACUUACAACCAGACCCAAUUCGUCACCGUGCAGCUGCCCAACUGCUCGUCUGGCGUGGAUCCGUACUACACCUACCCCAUGGCCCUGAGGUGUGAGUGUGGAGUGUGUGUGACCAGCACCACCGAGUGUAUCACCUCCAUCUGAGAGAGACAGUCAGGACAGGAGACGAGCGUUUCCCCUCUUACUCUUUUAUUUUGAGCUUUCCUAACCAGCAGUGUGAAUGAAAAUAUUAACAACUGCAGUUUCUUUAUUAUAAACUUCUUAUUGCUUAUUAGCUCCACAGCUGACCAAAUCAAGGGCACGCUUAUGUCAUUUAAUAUCCUGAGCAUGAAACAACACACACACAAAGACAGACAGACUCACACACACAGGCUCACACACACAGACACACACACAUACUGUAGACACAAAGACACACACACACAGACACACA